AUGCUAUGGCCUACACCAGAUCAGCUUAAUGCCACACUCGCACAAGCGAUCGGCAAUUUAAGUACAUUGGAUCCAAAAACAUGCCAAUGGCCUGACUUGAAUUACUCUACCCGUGGUCCAGAAAAUUGGGAUCCUGUAUUGCAUAUGUUUCGUAUUUCUACUAUGACUGCAGCAUUAACUGUUCCAGGUGGAAGAGAAAAUGAUACAGUUUUGUUGUGGGCUGUGCAUUGUGCACUGAGAGUCUGGAUAGAGCAAGAUUGGCAGAAUCCUAAUUGGUGGUGGAAUUAUAUUCAAGAUCCAUUGAUCGCCACAGGAAUAAUGCUCAUGUUAGGCGUAGAGCGAAUGAGCUCAGAGGAGAUCAAUGCUAUUAUUACUAUGUCGUAUCGUGCUAAUUGGUGGAUAAAAGAUUGGGGCGGUGGCGCUAAUCUAGUAUGGGAGCUACAAGUGCAACUAUAUCGUGGACUGGCUACAUCCAACUAUUCUGCAGUUGCACAAGGCUUCGAGGUCAUGUGGAACACUGUGCAAAUACAGAAUCUUUCCACUUGGGGUGUACAAACGGAUUGGUCGUAUCAUUUUCACGGACCACAGAUACUGACAGGAGCAUAUGGUGAUGCUUGGGCAACGAACAUUUUGCAUUUUCAUCUUGCUACACGUGGUACACAAUAUGCACUGUCUCAAGAUCGGAUUGAUAUCUUCGGUCGUUUUUUGACAGAAGGUGAUGCCUGGUUCACUAUGGGCAGUGUCUGGACAUGGGGUAUUCUUGGUCGAGUGAUUGACCGCGGCGUACACGUAUGGUAUACACAUUUAUUUCCGUCUGAUCAAUUGAGAGCACUAGCUAUGGACGUUAGUAGCGCCUAUACUGCUUUAGCACUAUUGGAUUAUGCUGAUCGACUUGAACAUCGUCAUGAAGCUCGACCAUUAGUGGGAAAUCGUCAUUUCUACACGAGUGAUUUUCAGGUGCAUCGUAGAGGAAACUGGACGGCGGCAUUGAAAAUGCAUUCUUUUCGAACAAUUGCCACAGAAUGUGAUAAUAAUGAAAACUUGAAUGGUGAACACAUUGGUGAUGGUGUACUCAACUUAUAUACACGCGAUGCUCAAUAUGGAAGUGGAGAAGAAUAUGAAAACAUAUUCGCCCUACUCGAUUGGAAGACUAUCAAUGGAAUUACGGUGGAAGCUGAUACACCAUUGGUACGAUGUAACAGGGGUAAGCUUGCUAUGUUGAACACGACAUUUGUCGGUGGUGUCAGUGAUGGCCAUUAUGGUACUGCAAUAAUGGAUACUGCUGCACAUAAUCUGAUGGCUAAGCGAACAUGGCACUUUUACGAUGACUUCAUUAUAGCUUUGGCGAACGGGAUUGAAGAUAACACUACAGCACUCUUGCAGACUACUGUCGCAAGCAGAUUGCUGCCACCAGCAGACACUGCAGCUGUUUGUAUUGUUAUUGUUUAUACCAUUGCUGGAAAAUUUUUAUUUGCAUUACUUGAAAAACAUCGCGAAAAAUUAAAUUGUCAAGAAGCAUACAGUAAACAUAUGACUGAAGUAACUAAAGUUACACCAAAACUUCUUGCCUAUAUACAAUACAAUGUAACAUCAGCAAUAUUGAUAUUUUCAACUAAAAAAGAUAAUACAAAAGUUGCAGAUGUAAUAAUUGGUUCGAUGUUACAUAAUUAUCGCGUUUUUGUUAUAUCUACUGGUUCAAAAUAUCGACAUUAUGAAAUAGUUGUACAAUUAUUACUAAAUGAACAUAUGCAAAUUCAUUUCUUUUUGCAAUAA